AUGACGAUGAGCUGCCCUGGGGGGGACACACAACACGCUGUUAUUGUAGGACCUACAGAAACACAACAGGGUGAUGGUUACGGCCCUGCCCUCGGAGAUGCUGCCUCGCUCCGAGUCGUCCCGGAGAGCCCAGAGGAGCCAGAUGUGUGCCCAGAUGUUCACCCCACCCGAAAACGCCGCCACCCUCCCGCCCCAGGUCACCGCCCGGAUGUGGCCGCGCUCUGCCUGGAUCCAGAUGUCAGAGGACCCAAAAAGCGCCGGAUUGGGCCCCGAACCACCCCGGAUUCAGAUGGGGGGGGGAGAAAAAUAGCUCUUCCAAAUGUUCACCCCCCAAAUCACUCUCUGAACCCCCAAAAGGUUGUGCAUCCAGAUGUGAAACAUCUGGCAGGCAGCAACCAGACCCUCGACGUUGAGAGUGAUGCAGAUGUCAAGGUGCCCCCCAAAACUGCUCUUUUUCACCCAAACCGUCACCGGACUGCCCUGGAGGUGUGCGAUAACCCAGAUGUGGAGGAAAGGGGCCCAAAUCCAGAUGUUGGAGGUACCAAAAAUCGAUGUCGGAUGAUUGUGGUGGACAGCGACACAGAUGUGGAGGAGGUUGAGGUCCUUCCAGACACUGUGUGCCCAAAAAUAUGUAGAAAGGACCCAUACGUGGCCCAAAAAACAGGCUUGGAGAUGGAGACCUCCCAUCCAGAUGUUGGAGGUCCCAAAAAUGGAUGCCGGACAGUUGUGGACAGUGAUACAGAUGUGGAGAUGGAGAGCUCAAACGCAGCUGUUGAAGGGCCCAGAAACAGACACCAGAUGCUCGUGGUGGACAGUGAUACAGAUGUGGAAGAGAAUGGAGCCAGUCCAGAUGUUGGGUGCCCCCAAACCCAUCAAAAGACCCAAAAUAUGUCUAAAAACUGGAAUAGCGAGAUGGGGACCCACAGUGCAGAUGUUGAAGGUUCACAAAAUGGGCAUCAGAUGCUCCUGGUGGACAGUGACACAGAUGUGGAGGAGAAUGAAGACAAUCCAGAUGUUGGACACCCUAAACCCCAUCAAACGACCCAAAACAUUAUUGAGGUGGAGACGCAACGUGUAGAUGUUGAAGACUCACAAAAGGGCCACCAGAUGCUUGUGGUGGACAGUGAUACAGAUGUGGAGGAGGACACUGCCAGUCCAGAUGUUGGGUGUUCAGAAAGCCCCAGAAGAGCCCCCAGAGGCCCAGAUGUGAAGACAGAGACCACAGUUCGCAAUGUUGAAGGACGCUGGAGUCUCCUCGUGGAGAGUGAUACAGAUGUGGAAGAGGACAUUUCCAAUCCAGAUGUUGGGAGUAAAAAAACCCGUGGAGCAACCCAAAAUGUACCCAGAAACCCAGACGUGGAGACGGAGAGGCCAGAUCCACCCCAAAACAAACAAUGGACCCUUGUGGUGGACAGCGAUACAGACGUGGAGGAGAAUGAGGGGAAUCCAGAUGUUGGGCGUAAAAAAACCCAUAGAAUUGCCCCCCCCAAAUGCAGAGAUCCAGAUGUGGAGACGCAGAACCCAAAAUCAGAUGUUGAAAAUGCCCCAAAUGAGCGUCAGGACCUGGAAGUGGACAGUGACACAGAUGUGGAGGAAGAAGACCUGAAUCAACGUGUUCUUCGCCCAAAAAGCCACAAAACACCCCAAAACACCCGGAAGGACCCAACUGUGGUGAUGGAGACUCCGAAUCCAGAUGUUGGUGGCCUCAGCUGUGGCUCAGUAGCCUCCAAUGGUGACAGCGAUACAGAUGUGGAGGAGAAUGAAGGGAAUCCAGAUGUUGGGCGUAAAAAAAUCCGUAGAAUUGCCAAAAAACCACGCAAAGAUCGAGCUGUGGAGACGCAGAACCCAAAUCCAGAUGUUGGAAAUCCCCCAAGUGAGCGUCAGAACCUGGAAGUGGACAGUGACACGGAUGUGGAGGAAGAAGACCUUUUUGUUCUUCACCCAAAAAGCCACAAAACACCCCAAAACACCCGGAAAGACCCAACUGUGGUGAUGGAGACACCGAAUCCAGAUGUUGGUGGCCUCAGCCGUGGCUCGGUGGCCUCCAAUGGUGACAGCGAUACAGAUGUGGAGGAGAAUGAAGGGAAUCCAGAUGUUGGGCGUAAAAAAAUCCAUAGAAUUGCCAAAAAACCACGCAAAGAUCGAGCUGUAGAGACACAGAACCCAAAUCCAGAUGUUGGAAAUCCCCCAAGUGAGCGUCAGAACCUGGAAGUGGACAGUGACACAGAUGUGGAGGAAGAAGACCUGAAUCAACGUGUUCUUCGCCCAAAAAGCCACAAAACACCCCAAAACACCCGGAAGGACCCAACUGUGGUGAUGGAGACUCCGAAUCCAGAUGUUGGUGGCCUCAGCCAUGGCUCGGUGGCCUCCAAUGGUGACAGCGAUACAGGUGUGGAGGACCUCAAUGCCCUUCCCAACGUUGGACCUCCAAACCCAUGUGGGACAGGCCAUGAGGGCAUGGAUACAGUUGCUCAGGUGGCCACUGCUCCAGAUGUUGAUCCCAAGGGGCCGAUGCGGACCAAGGAUGAUCCAGAUGUGAAGGUGACGUUCCCAGCUCCAGAUGUUGGAGCUCCCAAAGCCCAGUGCCUGGUCCUGGGUGUGGACAGCGAUAGAGAUGUUGAGGACAAUGUUGUCCUUCCAGAUGUUGGGACAGUGCAAAGAUGUCAAAGGGCAUCUGGUGAGCCAGAUGUGGCGAUGACACCCCCAAAUCCAGAUGUUCCCUCUCCCACAAGCCCCCGGAGCAGCAGCGACACCGACGUGGAGGAGGUGGCCCCCACUCCAGAUGUUCGGAGCCUGCGGAGCCACCUCCGCUUCCAAAAUCAUCCCCAUCCAGAUGUUGAAACAGGCAGUGACGCUGCCGUGGAGAAGAUGGACCCAAAACACUGGAAAUUGUCCCGAAAAAGGCAGGGCUUUCUCUUAAAAACUGAGGGUGACACGAGUGUGGAAGGAAUGGUCCCAAACCGCUGCGAUUUAGCCCCAAAUCCAGAUGUGGAGGCCCCGAAUCCAGAUGUUGGGUGCCAGCAAUGCAGCGGGGAGCCCUCAGCGAGGGGCAGGGAUCCAGCUGUGCCGCCAGAUGUUUCCACCCCCAAAUCCCCACACGUGGACCCAAAUUUGGCCUCCGGGAGUGACAGGGACACCGAGGAAGAUCUCGACCUCUUCCUGGAGCCCACCCAGAGCUUCUUGACGCCGGCGGCCAAGGGCACAGCCCCAGGCUGGGACCCUGAGGAGCCCACCCAGCGCUUCUUCCUCCCCAGGGAGGAUGAGGAGGAGAAGAAGGAGGAAGAGCAGCCCCCUGUGGAGCCCAUUGGGUCCCCCCCCGACGCUUGGGUCCCCCCCAGACCCCUGGGUCCCCAGCGUGGCUCUCCCACAGAGGCAGCUCCAGGCUGGGACCCCGAGGAGCCCACCCAGCGCUUCCUCCUCCCCAGGGAGGAUGAGGAGGAUGAGGAGGAGAAGAAGGAGGAAGAGCAGCCCCCUGUGGAGCCCAUUGGGUCCCCCCCCGACGCUUGGGUCCCCCCCAGACCCCUGGGUCCCCAACGUGGCUCUUCCGCAGGCACAUCCCCAGGCUGGGACCCCGAGGAGCCCACCCAGUGCUUCUUCCUCCCCAGGGAGGAUGAGGAGGAAGAGGAGGAGAAGAGGAAGAAGCCGCUCUCCAAAAAUGGGGUGAAAACGGGCAAAAAGACGAGUGAGAGUGAGAAAAAACAGCCUGUGAAAAAUGGGGCGAAAAGGGUAAAAAUAGAGAGUGACGAAGAGGAAGAGGAGGAGGAAGAAGAGGAGGAAGAAGAGGAGAAGAGGAAGAAACCAUCAUCCAAAAAUGGGGUGAAAACGAGCAAAAAGAUGAGUGAGAGCGAGAAAAAACAGCCUGUGAGAAAUGGGGCGAAAAGGGUAAAAAUAGAGAGUGACGAAGAGGAAGAGGAAAACGAGGAGGAAGAAGAUGAUGAUGAGGAAGAGGAGGAGGAAGAGGAGAAGAGGAAGAAGCCACCCUCCAAAAAUGAGGAGAAAAGGGGCAAAAAGAGGAGUGAGAAAAACCAGGCUGUGAGAAAUGGGGCGAAAAGGGUAAAAAUAGAGAGUGACGAAGAGGAAGAGGAAAACGAGGAGGAAGAAGAUGAUGAUGAGGAAGAGGAGGAGGAAGAGGAGAAGAGGAAGAAGCCACCCUCCAAAAAUGGGGUGAAAACGGGCAAAAAGAGGAGUGAGAAAAACCAGGCUGUGAGAAAUGGGGCGAAAAGGGAGGAGGAGGAGGAGCCACUAGAGGUCGCCGGGCACCAGCUCCGCCCCCGGGGGGCGCCGGGCUCCGCCCCCCCCAAGGUGCUUUUCACGGGGGUGGUGGCCUCCCCAGACAUGGAGGUGGCCCUGAAGACACUGGGGGGGUCCAUGGCCACCUCCGUCUUCGACUGCACCCACCUGGUGACCGACCGUGUCCGACGCACCGUCAAGUUCCUCUGCGCGGUGGCCCGCGGUGUCCCCAUCGUCACCCCUGAGUGGCUUCAGAAGAGCGCCCGCGGUGGCCGUGUCCUGGCGCCGGGUCCCUUCCUGGUGCGUGACGACCAGCAGGAACGUCACUUUGGCUUCAGCCUGGCCCAGGCCCUGCGCCGCGCCCGCCGCCACCCCCUGCUCCAGGGCUACGAGGUCCACGUCACCCCCAACGUCCGCCCCGAGCCCGAGCACAUGAGGGACAUCGUCACCUGCAGCGGUGGCACCUUCCUGCCCACCAUGCCCCACGCCUACGCGGGGACUUCCCCUGGGGGGCCACCAGGACCCCUCCCUUGA